CCACUUAAAGCCGGUUUAGAUAAUCAGAUCCUCUCUCCUCUCUUGCUCUAUUACUGCCAAUUAUCCAUCAAUCUCAUCGAUUAGAUUUUUUUACUUAAUAUAUGAAUUUCAAGUUAGAUUUCUUCUUCCGUAAAUAAUCGCCCGGAACCAUUCAAACAAGCCCCUUUUCCACGCUUUUGAAACUUCACUAUAGGAGACCCCCAGAUAGUUUAAUCGAAAAUACGUUUUCCGCUUGGAUUCUUUACGUUUUAAGGAAAAGGACCUUAAUUUAACUUUAUCUGUCUUCUCAAAAAGCUCUCUUGGUGUUAAUUUCCAGAGCUUCCAACAGUGUUUGUUGCUGAUCUGGGUUUUUGUUCUUUUUUUCCCUUGUCCUGCGACCUUUGGAGUGAUCGAUAUGAGGGAAAAUUUGGGGGUUUUGGUUUGUGUGUGGUUUCUGCUAUGUGGGUCUUGUAUAGGUCGGUUUGUGGUGGAGAAGAACAGCUUGAAGGUAACCUCCCCAGAUUCAGUGAAAGGUGUGUACGAAUGUGCAAUUGGUAACUUUGGGGUUCCUCAAUAUGGAGGCACCUUGGUUGGGACUGUUGUGUACCCAAAAGCCGAUCAAAAAGCGUGCAAGGACUUCAGUGAGGUCGAUAUCUCCUUCAAAUCUAAGCCUGGAGGACGACCAACUUUCCUCCUUGUUGAUCGAGGAGAUUGUUACUUCACCUUAAAGGCAUGGAAUGCACAGAAAGGUGGAGCAGCAGCUGUUCUUGUUGCAGACAACAAGAUUGAACCAUUGAUCACAAUGGACACCCCGGAGGAAGAGAAUGCAGAUGCUGAGUAUCUAGAGAAAAUCACCAUCCCUUCAGCUCUUAUCAGCAAAUCCUUGGGGGACGAUAUCAAGAAUGCACUUUCUAAAGGUGAGAUGGUCAACAUAAACCUUGACUGGACUGAGGCACUUCCACACCCGGAUGAAAGGGUUGAAUAUGAAUUCUGGACGAAUAGCAAUGAUGAGUGUGGGCCAAAGUGUGAUAGCCAGAUUGAUUUUGUCAAGAACUUCAAGGGUGCAGCUCAGAUACUUGAGCGGAAGGGGCACACUCAGUUCACCCCCCGUUAUAUAACAUGGUACUGCCCUGAAGCAUUUAUUCUUAGCAAACAGUGCAAGACUCAAUGCAUCAAUCAUGGAAGGUACUGUGCUCCCGAUCCUGAGCAGGAUUUCAGUAGGGGGUAUGAUGGGAAGGAUGUCGUGGUUCAAAAUCUACGCCAAGCUUGCUUGUUCAAAGUGGCCAAUGAAAGUGGAAAUCCAUGGGUUUGGUGGGACUAUGUGACUGACUUUGCAAUCCGUUGCCCGAUGAAAGAGAAGAAAUACACCAAAGAAUGUGCUGAACAAGUUAUACAAUCACUAGGUGUUGAUCUCAAGAAGAUAAACAAUUGUAUAGGGGACCCUGAGGCAGAUGUGGACAACCCAGUUCUCAAAGCUGAACAAGAUGCACAGAUUGGCAAGGGUUCACGUGGAGAUGUGACAAUAUUGCCUACCCUCGUAAUAAAUAACAGACAAUACAGAGGUAAGUUGGACAAAGGAGCGGUUCUCAAGGCUAUUUGUUCAGGUUUCCAAGAGACCACAGAGCCAGCUAUAUGUUUAAGUGGAGAUAUAGAAACUAACGAGUGUUUAGAAAACAAUGGUGGAUGCUGGAAGGAUGGGGCAGCUAACCUUACCGCAUGCAGGGAUACUUUCCGUGGGAGAGUUUGUGAGUGCCCUAUUGUUCAAGGCAUCAAGUUUGUUGGCGAUGGUUACACUCAUUGUGAAGCUUCAGGAGCAUUACGUUGUGAAAUCAAUAAUGGAGGGUGUUGGAGAAAAACCCAAGAUGGCAGGACCUAUUCUGCUUGUGUUGAUGAUCAUACAAAAGGUUGCAAGUGUCCACCAGGAUUCAAGGGUGAUGGAGUUAACAACUGUGAAGACGUGGAUGAGUGUAAAGAGAAGCUGGCCUGCCAAUGCCCAGAGUGCAAAUGCAAGAAUACAUGGGGCAGUGUUCAAUGCAGCUGUAGCGGUGGUUCGUUAUAUAUGCAAGAACACGAUAUAUGCAUAAGUAAAAAUGCUAAUACGGAGGUCAGCUGGGGCUUCGUUUGGGCUAUUAUUCUUGGGCUGGCUGCUGCUGGAAUUGCUGGAUAUGCAAUUUACAAGUACAGAAUCCGGAGAUACAUGGAUUCGGAGAUACGGGCUAUCAUGGCACAGUAUAUGCCCUUGGAUAAUCAAGCGGAGGUCCAGGUUCACCAUGGGGACUUCUGAGGCUGGGGAUCAUGUCCUGGAAGUUUUGGGGAAAAUGAUCAUAUCAUUGUAUCAUGGACUGCGAGCCGGCAUUUUAUCUUUCCCCAUCUGCUGCCAGAAGUUGUAUUUGGGUUGCGUAUUGUUACUUAUUUUGAGAUCUUUUUUUUUUUUUGUUAUUUAUGUAAAUAGGGAGGAAAUUUUCUAAUGGAUGUACGAAGGCAUAAUAAUCGGUCCCAUUCCCACUUGAUGGUUGUGCCUUUAGCUCAUAAUAAAGAUUAAAGGGACCCCAUAAUGGAUCUUGUUUAGGCGUAUGAUGAUUUAUUCUUACUGUUGUAUGGGAAGUGUGUUAGUUCUUUGUGGUGUUUAGGUUCCCCCUGGACCAUAAAUCCAAAGAACUUCCAAGCUAAAUAUUGACUA